CGACAGAAGAGAUAGUGCGUGCGGUGCGUCGUGGUGUAAAGGUGAGCGUGUAACUAACUAUGAAGUGGAGAGCAAGGCAAGACAUGGGAGGCCCGUCUACGACAGAAGAGAUAGUGCGUGCGGUGCGUCGUGGUGUAAAGAGAGCAAGGCAAGACAUAGGAGGCCAGUCUACGACAGAAGAGAUAGUGCGUGAGGUGCGUCGAGGUGUAAAGAGAGCAAGGCAAGACAUAGGAGGCCCGUCUACGACAGAAGAGAUAGUGCGUGAGGUGCGUCGAGGUGUAAAGUGCUCAAAGUGCCAGCUGAAGGAAGAAGUUAUAAACGAAAUACUUCUUUCAGAUUUUAAAUUGGGCAUAGCUAGUCGAGAAGGAGAUGCAGGAAACCAAGAAGUGGAUGUGGGACGUGCUGUGAAGGCAAGAAGUGGUGAGCAAGGCAAGACAUAG